AUGCAGUCUUUUAUGGGCCUGUGUCUCUCAGCCCUUUUCCUUCUCUUCUUGACUCAUCCACGUGAAGUCUUCUGUUCUGAAGGGGUCAACUCAGAGAGCCUUGAAGCAGAAAUACUUGAGGUUCUUCAUGCAGAACCCAGGUCAUCAGAGGACGAUGUCGAAAUAAUCGAAGAUGCUGAGGAGAAGAAGGGGAAAGUUCUUGCACCAGCUGGGUGGCGACGUAUCCGGCGGAGGAUUAGCAGGGAAUUUCGGAAUGCCAUCAGGAAUCUAAGACGGUUCCCUUUGCACCUUAUUCCAAUGAUUGCUCGACCUGGUUUAAUUAUCCCUUGA